UUCUGAAUGCACAGGAUAAUUAUAAAGCAUAUGCAAGAAACAGUCGAGUUAGAUAUAGAUCCAUCUGAAACAGUCGAUAAUUUAAAGAAUAAAGUCGGUAGCAAGUUAAGUAUAGAACCGUAUCUACUGAAACUGACGCACAAAGGAUCUAUUCUGGCAGACCCAGCAAAGACCAUGGAGGCCCUUCAAAUAGGGAACUUGUCCGUGGUGUAUGCGCAUAAGUUAGAGAAGUCACAAGGACCUUCAGAGAUAAAUGAAGAAGUGUACAAGCAAGAAACCCUGCACAGUGCCGAUAAACCCGGUCCGAUGAAGAACCCAGCCAUGAAGAAAUUAUUCAGUAACCCCGAUAUAAUGAAGGGGUUAUUAGAGAUGCUUCCAGAGUUAAAGAAUGAAAACCCAGAAUUAAGAAAGUUAAUGGAGAGCAGUGAGAUGUUAGAGCAGAUGUCUAAAAUAGCCGAUGAUCCUGAGUACAUGAACACACAAAUGAAGAAUCUUGACAUAGCCAUGGCUAAGUUAGAGACGAUCCCAGGGGGGUUUAAUAUGCUGCGGAGUAUGCUUAAGACACAGAAAGAUCCAAGUGCAUUAUUAGCCGAGGAGAGGGAUCGGACUAGUUUCAAGGAGGGUACGACUGAUAUACAGCCAUCUAAUCAGCCCGUGCCUAAUCCAUGGGGCAAGUACAACUUUAAUCCUAUCCUGGAGUACAGGAAGCAAGUUGAGUACAUGAAGGAGUGCGGGUUCACGGACGUAUGCUCUAACAUAAAGCUACUUAUAAAGCACCAUGGGGAUGUGGACAAUGCGAUCAGUGAAAUUCUGUCUGGGAGUUCGAUGCACUCACCACUCCCUGAUAACAAAUCUCAUACAUAAAUGAGGGUUAAGAAUAAA